CAACCCCAGUGCUCCAUAAGCUCCCAGAUCCUUCGACAGCCUCUCAAAAACCCCCUUCUCUUCUCUCUCUCUCUCUCUCUCUCUCUCUCAAGAACAACUCUCUCACACAGAUAGAAAUCUCUUAUAAAGCCUCUAUAAACCUAUAAAACACUCCCAUUUUCAAACUCUUCCCGCUCCCAAUUCCAUUUUCUUUUCUGGAUCUGCUAUUCUCGAAUCUCUUCCUUUAAAUUGAACAGAGCAAACCCUAGAUUUUCUUUCCACUGCAGAGAAGAGCAAAAGAAUUUAUAAGGGAUGGCCGAUCAAGGAGGCUUGGAAGGGAGCCAACCCGUAGAUCUCAAGAAGCAUCCUUCUGGGAUCGUCCCCACCCUACAGAACAUUGUGUCAACAGUCAAUUUGGACUGCAAGUUAGAUCUUAAGAACAUUGCACUGUCUGCUCGUAAUGCAGAAUACAAUCCAAAGCGGUUUGCUGCUGUAAUUAUGAGAAUAAGGGAACCGAAAACAACAGCUUUGAUUUUUGCUUCUGGAAAGAUGGUUUGUACUGGAGCUAAGAGUGAACAACAGUCAAAGUUGGCAGCACGGAAGUAUGCUCGGAUUAUUCAGAAGCUUGGUUUUCCAGCCAAGUUCAAGGAUUUCAAGAUUCAGAACAUAGUUGGUUCUUGUGAUGUUAAAUUCCCCAUCAGGCUUGAAGGACUUGCAUAUUCCCAUGGUGCCUUUUCAAGUUAUGAGCCAGAGCUGUUCCCAGGGUUGAUCUAUCGAAUGAAACAACCGAAGAUUGUGCUGCUUAUUUUUGUGUCUGGAAAAAUUGUUCUUACAGGAGCUAAGGUCAGAGAUGAGACCUAUACAGCCUUUGAGAACAUAUACCCAGUUCUUACGGAGUUCAGGAAAAACCAGCAAUGAUUCUAUGGGAAGAGAAGCCAGAUUGUGUUCGCGGAAGGUUUGAAGGUGGAAUACCUGGCACUGUAAUUGCUGAGCCUGGAUUGAACUGUAAAUAUGGAAGCAAAUUGUGCAUUGGUUCUCUGGUGGUUAAGUUAAAAGAUGUGUGAUGGACUGGGAAAACAUUAUAUUACAGAGUUAACGUGAAAAAGAAAAAAAACAAAAAAAAAAAAGUGGGAAGAAAAGAAGGAAAAAAAAGAGAGAGAAUAAGAAGUUUUGAUUUUUCCUUGGACACCUACUUUUGAUCUCUUGGAUAGAAUGUUGGUGUAUGAAACUUUGUGUGCUGUUUGUUGCGUUUAAUCGAUGUUUCCAAUUUGGAAAUUACCUAAAAUGUAAAAAUGAAUGUUUCUGCCAGUCUCAUUCAGAUCAAUGGAUGCAAGAAAACAAUUGUUGGCUGUAGAAGAAAAGCAAUUGUUAGCUUUGUCUUUUGUCAAAGGCUUUAAACUAGUCUGUUACGUUACCAUCAUGGACAAAACUCACUUGUGUCAUCCAAGCUGAUUUUUAAUGAA